CAGGUCCGGCGGCUCGAGCUGUUCGCUGUGUCUUAAACUAUCGCUUUAAAAGAGGCUUUGUGGUUCAGGCUGCUGAAUGCAGCUCCACAGGAGACGGAGCAGCAGCGAGAAUCGGGAGGAAGACGAGUCCUGCGGCAGAGGGGCCCCACGGAGCACUCGCAGCGCUGCCGCUGCGGCGGUCCACCAUGUCCCUCGGCACGUUCCACCUUGUGCAGACGCUGAAGAACUCCCCGGCGGCCUUUCGGCGCCGCUUCCGGCGCGACCGUACAGAGAGCCUGUCCCACGGUGACCCGCUCUUCAAGGUGCACUACCUGGGCACGGAGAAGAUCUUCUCCCUGGACCUGGAGCAGGCGCAGGAUGCCAUCGGCAGGUUGUUGGAGCGCGCCCCGGGGAAGCUGGGCAAGGAACAUGCGCUGGUGGUGCGGCCGCGCUACGUCGAGGUGAAGGAGCUCAGCACGGGCCGCCAGCUCACCAAGAGCUUCCUGCAGGACAUCGCGUACUGCGCGUCCGACUCCACGCGCCCCAAUGUCUUCCUCUACAUCUGCCGCCAGCGAGGGCAGCAGCUGCUGUGCCGCGUGUUCUGGUGCAGCCGGGCGGAGCGGGCGCGGGACAUGACCGCGUGCCUGGCGCGCUCCUUCCAGAGGGCGUUCAGCGAUUGGCAGGACGAUGCUGGCGCCUCGCGCGGGGAGCUGAUGCCCAAGAAGGAAGAGCCUCCCGCGACUCCUGGCACUGCCUCGCGCAGUCUUACGCUGCCUGCCAGCCUGGGCAAAGCUCGCUGGAGAAAGAGGAGCUCGCUGUCGCCCAGCCCCCUCGGCGCCCUUGUGAGGAGGGGCUCCGCAUCCGACCGGCGACCCUCGCACUGACGUCUGGGCCGGACCCCGCCCCCCCCGGUGUCUCUCGGCCUCUGGCGUUCAACAUUGACGCAGACCUUGGGCUCUGAGAGCCUCUGCUUGCAGUGGAGGUGACGGGGCUGCUGGGACACGGAACCGAAGACUGGGUUCCAGCUCCAGCAUCAGUCUGGCAGAUUAUUUCUUGCUUUCAUGAGCGGAUUAGUGCGUUUUUACCGGCUCACCUUUUAGCAUUUAAGCUGCGAAACAGGGCUCUUUUGUUCCUGAGCAAUGCUGGGGGGGUGUGGGGACUCAUGUCUGGCAGACAGGCUGUCGAACUCAUGGCGAAAGCAGACUUGCCCAAGUAGACGGGAAGGAGGAACGACGCAGCACUGCACUGCGGGAGAUGCAUGGAGACACGAUGAGCAUCGCACAGGUGUUUCUGGCACGAGCGGUUCACUCCACACCUGGAUUUCUCGUGAACGAGUUUCCACCCACGUGAGGUGUCCUUCCGCCCGUCACCGUGUCGUCUCCCCAAAGUGUCAAGUUGCUUAGCAUCAGCACUGCCACGAAACCCACAACCAACCGGUUGGCGCCGUGAAGCUCAGUGCAGGAGGACCCCGGUGGCUGAGCCCUUGGUGCUUCUUCAGCUCUUAUCGAAGUACCUUAACCACUUUUGUGCUUGAAGGAUUUGGGUUUAUUUUUAGAAACUGCUCCGAAACAUGAUUAAUUGGUUCAACUUUGUACGAACAGACGAGUGACUAACGUUGCAUUUUAAUAUUUAUAUUGAUUGAUGCCUGCAUAUUUAAUUUUUUUUACCGAAUAAACUUUUUUAAAUCAUAACCGACGAUGUUAAUCUUGUUUGCUCAUCUGCUGCCCCCUCUUAUCUUUGAUUACCAUACCCUGUCAGCCAAAGUAUGCUGUUUGAGACACUGAUCUAUGUAAAUGGUGACAUUCAAC